UCCCGACGUGGGUCGGAUCGAUCCCAUCGAUUCCUCUUCGAUCGACUCGGUCAAAUGCCAAGAAUAUAGGAGGUGCUCGAUUGGGCCUCCAAUUCCGGAUCUAGGGCGGGCGCGAUGGGCGACCAGAUCCGCGAUGACGACGGCAAGCCGCUGGGAUGGAGCAUUCCCGCGCACCCGGACGAGGGAGACGGCGCGAUCAACUCCCGGGCAGUGCGAUUCAAGGACGCGGGCACCAGCGAUGGCGAAUUCGAGGUAAAGCACGAGAAUGUGGAGCAGCACCAGCAAGAACAGCAACGCCCACCCGCCGGCGGUGGCGAUCACUUCGCCUCCUUCCCUUCCAGCGAUCUGGGCAAGAUGGAGGACGUCUCCUUGGGCGCCAGCUCCCCGAAGGUCUGCCUCCUCUACGGCACGGUGGAGCUGGAGAUCAUCGAGGCCAAGUCGCUGCCCAACAUGGAUUGGUUCUCGGAGAGGGCCAGCCAGUGCUUCUCCAUCCUGGGCGGCCUCCAGACAAUGUGUGCCAAGCCCAAGGACAAGCUCGCCCACCAUCGCCACAAGAUCACGAGCGAUCCAUACGUGGUUUUCAGCCUGGGCGACGCCAUCCUCGCCAAGACCAAGGUGAUCAGCAACAGCCAAAUUCCACACUGGGGCGAGCGCUUCCAGCUCCACGUCGCUCACUCGGUCCCCGAGGUGUUGCUCACGGUCAAAGACAACGAUGUGUUUGGCGCGCAAGUGAUCGGCGGCGUCAAGAUCCCGGCUCACCGCAUCGCCAGCGGCCCCGCGAUCGUGGAGACGUGGUUUGACGUCGUUGGAUCGGGUGGCAAGCCUGUGAAGCAAGGCGCGCAGCUCAAGAUCUCGAUCAAGUAUACUCCAGUGGAGCAAGACAAGAACUACCAGCACGGAGUUGGAGCCGAGGGCGCGGUUCCUCGGACUUACUUCCCGCUUCGCAAGGGCUGCUCGGUCAAGCUCUACCAGGACGCGCACUGCCCGGACGGUGGUCUUCCGGAGAUCACGCUCGAGGGUGGCGGAGCUUACGAGCAUGGCAAGUGCUGGGAGGAUAUCUGCCAGGCCAUUCUCGAGGCUCACCACCUUGUGUAUAUCGCGGGCUGGUCGGUCUUCCACAAGGUGAAGAUCGUCCGGGAGCCUGAGAAUCACAAGAAGUUUAGCAAUGACAUCGCGAAUCUCACACUCGGGGAGCUGCUCAAGAGGAAGGCCGCCGAGGGAGUUCGCGUGUUGCUGCUGGUGUGGGACGAUAAGACCUCGCAUCACACUCCGUUGUUCACGACGGAAGGAGUGAUGGGUACCUAUGACGAGGAGACGAAGAAGUUCUUCCGGCACUCGGCGGUGCGAUGCGUGCUCUCCCCUCGCUAUGGCGAUUCCAAAAUGAGUUGGCUCAAGCAAAGGGUUGUCGGAACGUUCUACACGCACCACCAAAAGCUCGUUAUUGUCGACAGCCAAGGACGAGGAAACAAUCGUAAGCUUACGUCUUUCAUAGGUGGGCUGGACCUCGCGCAAGGACGAUACGACACGCCUGAGCAUCCGUUGUUCAAAACGCUUGGCAGCAUCCACAGGGACGACUACCACAACCCGACUUUCACUGGAACGAUCGAUCAUGGUGGUCCAAGGCAGCCGUGGCACGACCUCCACUGCCGGAUAGACGGCCCGGCAGCGUACGACGUGCUCACAAACUUUGCUCAGCGCUGGAGAAAGGCCGCGACAUGGCACGAGGAUGCUAUGAUCGAGAUCGACAGGAUUUCCUGGAUUCUCAGCCCAAACGAUGGCGACCAGGCCUUGAUGGUCACGGAGCUGAACGAUCCUGAAACAUGGAACGUCCAGGUCUUUCGCUCCAUCGACUCUGGAUCCGUGAAAGGAUUUCCCAAAGAACCAGCAGACUGCCAGAAGCAAAACUUGGUGACGCUCAAAAACGUUGCCAUCGACACGAGCAUCCACACGGCGUACGUGGAGCGCAUUCGCUCGGCCCAGCACUUUAUCUACAUCGAGAACCAGUACUUCCUGGGCUCGUCGUAUGCCUGGCCAGACUAUAAGAAGGGUGGCGCGACUCAUAUGAUCCCCAUGGAGCUCGCUCUCAAGGUGGCCUCCAAGAUCAGAAGUGGCGACCCGUUCGCCGUCUAUGUUGUCAUUCCAAUGUGGCCGGAGGGCGUCCCUGACAGUGCCACCGUCCAGGAAAUCCUCUACUUCCAGAGCCAAACGAUGAAGAUGAUGUACAAGAUCAUCGCACAGGCCUUGAACGAAGUUGGCAGUGGCAACCAUCCCACGGACUAUCUCAACUUCUACUGCCUUGCAAACCGGGAGGAGCGAAGCGAACCAGGAACCAUGGCACCAGCCGAGAAAUCCACACAGUGGUACGCUCAAAAGUACAAGCGCUUCAUGAUCUACAUCCACUCCAAAGGAAUGAUCGUCGACGACGAGUACGUGAUCAUCGGCUCGGCCAACAUCAACCAGCGUUCCAUGGACGGUUCCAGGGACACCGAGCUUGCCAUGGGAGCUUAUCAGCCCCACUAUACUUGGGCUCACAAGAAACACUCCCAUCCUUUCGGCCAGGUUUAUGGAUACCGAGCUUCUCUCUGGGCCGAGCACCUCGGAGACUUCGAUCCAGCUUUGUUCAACGAUCCCUCUGAUAUAAGAUGCGUCCACAAAGUGAACGAGAUUGCUCAAGGUAACUGGAAGCAGUUUGUGUCCGAGGAGCCGUCCGACAUGAAGGGCCACCUUAUGAGCUAUCCCAUGAGCGUCCAGGUGAACGGCGAGAUCAAGCCCAUCGCCGGCAACGAGAGCUUUCCCGACGUUGCUGGUCAAGUUCUCGGCCAGCACUCCAUCAACUUGCCCGACAACUUGACUGGAUGAGAAACUGGUCUCAAAUGUGAAACAUUUUUGUGAAUAGCUUGUACCGUUCGACGACUUCUUUUGAUUUCUUUCCUGUACUGAAAUGUUGCACAGCUGCCAUGUCAUACAAAUACACAACUUUAGAAAACGUCU